AUGGACAGGCCAAUACAAGGGGCAACACCAGUUCAAGGGGCCACACCAAAGAAGAGGCCAGGCCAAUACAAGGGGUCACACCAAUACAAGGGUUCAGGCCAAUACAAGGGUCCAGACCAAUACAAGGGUUCAGGCCAAUACAAGGGUCCAGACCAAUACAAGGGGCCAGGCCAAUACAAGGGUUCAGGCCAAUACAAGGGGCCAGGUCAAUACAAGGGGCCAGGCCAGUACAAGGGGCCAGACCAAUACAAGGGUCCAGACCAAUACAAGGGGCCAGGCCAAUACAAGGGGUCACACCAAUACAAGGGUUCAGGCCAAUACAAGGGUCCAGACCAAUACAAGGGGCCAGGCCAAUACAAGGGGCCACAUCAAUACAAGGGGCCAGGCCAAUACAAGGGGCCACAUCAAUACAAGGGGCCAGGCCAAUACAAGGGGCCAGACCAAUAA